AUGUGGAUGAUUCCAGGAGCGACCAUUUCCAAUUUGAAGAACCCUUUCGAUACCUUUUCGUCCGGUGAAAAGCUUCUUCCAGGAGGACCCGCCGCGGCCCUUCACUUUCACACCAACCCCAUAGGAAAAAUCGUCAUAAUCAGUGGGCUCAGUCUGACCCGGCCGCGGCGCAACUUGUCAAUGCAUGACUCUAAGGCUAGUAGUACUCAACGUUCAACUUUCAUGAUGACUAGUGCUGAUCUUCACAACAAAUUGGACCCUCGUGUCGACCUCCGGCUGGCAGACUUGAAAGAUGGUUUCAAGUCUUCUGCCGACUCACUACUUGUAAAUCUGCUGCCGGAACUCAUGACAUCUAUUCUAGUAUCCUACCUAGAAGACGACACCUCCUCUCUCCUCUCGUGCUCUCUUGCAAAUAAACACUUAUCUUUUUCUGCGUGUGGAGUUCUCGUCCGGACUGUUGUCCUCGACACACCUACUGGGGAGGAUCUUCAUAGGAAAUACGCUGCCUUCCAUCAGCUUCUCUUGGGGUCCUCCAGUGCUAAUGGCUCAUCCCUGGCCAGAUCCAUUCGCUCUUUAUGUCUACGUUUUGGAAGGGGAGUCUCAUCAGCUGAAAAUCAAGAUCGCUACCAGAUUGAAAAGGACACUACGUUACCAUCCACCCUAUCUUUGAUUGUCAACCUAAAAUCUCUAACAAUUCACACACUUCAAGUUACAGCCACAACUUCCUUUCAAACUCAAAUCACACGCGCUCGACACAUGUUGGCGGAGUCCGCUGUCCAGCAAGACAUCUUGGUCACCACAUGCUCGACCUACACUGGUACAGGAUGGAGUGUUGGCAGAUGGUUGGAUGAGCAUAACGCAGACACAUCCAUAAGCGAAGAGCUCUACGUCUGGCCUAGCGUAACACAAACAGGCAAGAACACCUUCGACAUCUGGCUGAGUGCACGUUCAAUUUCUGGAUCACGAGGGCCUCUACUAGGUGCCAACGCUUCUCCCCUCAACACGCGAGGAUUUUUGUUUGAAGGGGACAGCGAGGAUGAAGGUACAUUGUAG